AUGGGGGAAAAUGCAGGAAGGAAAGCAGAAGGCCCCAUCAUUCAAGGUUUAGUUCCUCAAAGCAAUCAGAGUUUCAGAGUUUUACUUAACAGCCCGCCACAAGAAGUGCCAUUCCCCAAGUUCUCACAAAUGAAUGAAAUGGUGAAUUCUCCACAAACUGACCCAUCCUUAUGGGCCACCAUAGGGUCUCCUUUUCCAGCAGAGAAGCAGAAAGGACCUAGUAGUCUUCUAAAUGCCCAUUCGAUACUAAAAAGGACUGUUCUGGGUUAUGAAAGACAAGAUGAAUCAGGAACAGUAUUUCCACCUUCGGCGCUGAGGAUGUCUGCAGGUUGCGGCAAUCUGGUGAGUGGGGUGUUUGAUCUAUCUGACAGAAACCUGUCUGAGGAUGAUCUGAGGAGGGAAAUGGAUCCUAGGCAUUGCAACACGACGCUGGGAGAGGUGGUAGAGCUGGAUGCCAGUCGCAACAAUCUGCAAAUCGAUUUAGGGACCCUGCUUUCACUGCUCCUGAAAAUGAAGAAUGUUCAGUCCAUUGACGUGAGUUACAACAGCAUAGCUGUACCCGGUGUGGUUGUACCCAAGAAGUGUGACUUAAAGCACAGCAAGCUGUUGUUCUUAAAUCUCAGCCACAACCCUCUUACCACUUUGAAAAGCAUCUGCCUCCCUUCGAGUCUCAAAGGCAUUGAUUUGUCCUUCACACGCAUUAACGGAAUACCACAAGAGUUUGCCAGAACUUACUUUCAUAUAGAAGAGAUGGACGUUCAAGGAAACCAUUUUAUAUACGAUCCUGAAACGCUGACGUCUCUCCUCAAGCCUAUACCAGGAAGCAGAAUGGAAAUCUUGUCGAUUGUCAAUUUCCCACAACGCAGCCCCAUCGAAAACCUCCCCAAGGAAGGGAGGCAUCUUGUGAUGUCCAACUGCUCCAUUGUAGAACUUCCGGAAUGGUUUGCAAACACCAUGAGAAAGCUUCUCUUUCUAGACCUGAGCAACAACCCCAUGCACGGUUUCCCCCAGCUGCCAACUUCAUUGCAGUACCUAGAUUUAAGCAACAGUAACAUCCAAGAGAUAGCAGAUCUUACCACCUUCCCUAAUUUGAUAGUGUUUAAGAUUCCAAGCAAUAAAAUAAAGGAUCUUCCACCUGAGUAUCUUCCAGACUCCUUAAAAGAACUGGAUAUCAGUAAAAAUCAAAUACCUGUGUUCCAUUUAUUCAGGGCACCACAAGAGCUGGAAUUCCUUAACGUUUCUAGAAACCUCAUGACGCAUCUGAAUCUAAACCAUUCUCACCACCUCACCAACCUCGAUGCAAGCCACAAUUUAAUUACAGAACUGCAGGACCGCACGGGAGUAUUUCUGCCGGAACUCAAAUAUCUGAAUUUGUCAGGAAACAAGAUAUCUUUUUUGCAACCGGGGUCUCUCCCCGAAUCUUUGCUUGAGUUGGACAUCAGCAACAACGCCAUCACCAUUAUUAUGGAAGAGACCUUUGGCCGGUUGACGAACCUGAACGUCUUAACCCUUCAAGGGAAACAUUUCUUCUGCAACUGUGACUUGUAUUGGUUUGCGAACACGUACCUUGCUAGCCGGCAACUGCAGAUAAAUGGCCAAGAGGACCUUUGGUGUAGCUUUCCGCUCAAGAAACGGGGGCUUUCGGUUGAAACCAGCAACCUAACAAUGCUGCGUUGUUCUCUCGGACUUCAAAUGGCAAUUACGGCUUGUGUGGCCAUCUUGGCAAUGUCCCUCUUAACAGCUCUUUGCUGGCAUUUUGACGGCGUCUGGUAUAUUAAGAUGGGAUGGUACUGGUGUAUGGCGAAAAGGAAACAAUACAAGAAGAGGCCAGAACACAAAGCGUAUGACGCAUUUAUCUCAUACAGCGAAAAUGAUGCGCUCUGGGCUAAAGAGACCCUGCUGGGAAAACUGGAAGCCCUCGAGUUUAGAGUAUGUUACCACGAGAGAGACUUCGUGCCAGGGCACCCGGUUGUUGGGAACAUUUUUCACUGCAUUGAGAACAGCCACAAAGUUCUCUUUGUGCUGUCGCCCAGCUUCGUCAACAGUUGCUGGUGCCAGUAUGAGCUGUUCUUUGCUGAACAUCGGGUCCUUAGCGAAAACGAGGACUCUCUCAUUAUGGUUGUGCUGGAAGACCUGCCGCCCAACAGCAUCCCGCAGAAAUUCAGCAAGCUCCGGAAGCUGCUGAAAAGGAAAACCUACUUGAAGUGGAGCCCAGAGGAACACAAACAAAAGCUCUUCUGGAGCCAGCUGACCGCUGUUCUGAAAACGACAAACGAGCCGAUGGCUUUGACAGAGGAAAAUGGGCUGUGCUAGGAAGCGGAGGAGGCGUGUGGGAAAUCGAGGGUGCAUGG